ACCCUAAAUGGUGGUUGGCUGGUAUCACUCUCACCCUGGAUUUGGAUUCUGUCAAAGGCAAAGUAGUUAUUGAUACUUUUCGCCUGAUCAAUCCUCAAAUACUUAUGCUAGGUCAAGAGCCACGUCAAACCACUUCCAAUAUUGGACAUCUUAAAAAACCAAGUAUUCAAGCUUUGAUCCAUGGAUUGAAUCGUCAUUAUUAUUAG